GCCUAUCUUGGGUUCUGGGCUUUUGUGCUUUCUUUUCGAUACCCCCAACCGGCGCCAUGGGUUCCGACGACCUGAUCGACUUCGAGAUUAUCGAAAACCAGAAGGAGAACAUACAAUCUCUUCCCAGCGGCCGCUCUGCCAAAGCACUUGCACAACUAUACACUCCACCGUUGACUGCGGGCGCCGGUUAUAGCCCGUCGCCGUCGCAAACACAAGAUGCGAACCAUGCUGUGCGCCUGCAAUUCGAGAAGGAGCUCAUGGCGAUUGACGAGUCCGACGACCCCCUCGAUGUGUACGACCGAUACGUCAAGUGGGCACUAGACGCAUAUCCCUCGGCGCAAAACACCCAACAAUCACAGCUUUGUACGCUCCUCGAGCGCGCAACAAAAGCCUUCCAGUCAUCGACGCAAUACAAGAACGACGCGCGCUACCUCAAGCUCUGGCUACACUACAUCAGACUGUUCUCCGAUGCGCCACGAGAGACGUUUGCAUACCUCGCGCGACACAACAUUGGCGAUGGACUAGCCCUAUUCUACGAGGAGUUUGCAGCGUGGUUAGAGUCAGCAGGGCGAUAUACACAGGCAGAGGAGGUGUACAAUCUAGGAAUUGAGCACAACGCUCGUCCAGUUGAACGCUUGGUCCGCAAGUAUGGCGAAUUCCAGCACAGAUCUGAGAGCCGCUCCCAGGAGGUUCCCGAACCCACAAGUCCUGCGCUGCCCGCCGUCCGUCCGGCUCUUGCAGCGAAGGUCGACCCUUUCUCACAUGCAUCACCCGCUCCCGCCAACCCACAAGCUCAGAAUCAACCGCGAACCGAUGGGAGCGCAUCGCGCACUGGAAAGCCAAAGCUCGCCGUCUUCUCAGAUGGUGAUGAGCCGGCGAGAGCCGGAUCGAGUGGCGGUACCGAAGGCUGGGAUAGCAUUGGAUCGCUAGCAAGUCGCAAGAAGGAAAACACGGUGGAGGCGCGGCCGUGGGUGGGCGAGACACUGAAGGUUGGGAAGAAGAAUGCGAGUCUUCCCAAGAUGAUGAUAUUUAAGGAUGAGACCAAAUCAGACCCUAAUGGCGAAAAUGCCCAAGCACAUCCUUUGCAUGACCAUCAGCAGGCUCUCAACCCUAAGACAGGCAGGUUCGAAGUUGUCUUUGUCGACCUAGAAAAGGUCUACCCUAACGUUGAAAAUCCCAUGUCUGAAGAGUAUUCAUUCGAAGAGUUACGAGCUAAGCAUCGAGGCUGGCUGGACUAUGACUGGGCAGCCAUUCGACAAAAAGAGCGGGAGCUAGCUCAGAAAGUAGCUGAAGCAACAGCGACUGCUAAAGCUCCAAAGCCUAAAACUUCUCCUCUAGCGAUAUUGAGAGAUCCCGAGCAGCCACCGAAGCCUCAAACUGUACCCUUGAAAGGAAGCAUUGACGAUGAUGUUGCCAAUGAUGAGAAUAUGCCACCUUCGCAAGCCGAUAUGGAGAAGACGAAAGCAGCAAAGAAGGCUAAACGAGAGGAGCGAGCUAAUCGCACGAGAAAAAUCAAGGUUAUGGACGUGAAAGAAAUCCGCAGCGAGACUCAAACAAUCCAAGCAAACCUGGAUUCUCCAGCUAAACCAAAGAUCCGUCGAAAGAAGACCGGGCCUGAAACAACCAUGACGCUUCACACAAAGGAAGCGAUGGACGAGAUAUACGGUAUCUUCAGUCAGCCGCUCAAGAACAUCGAGGAGAAUGCCUCAGAGGUUCAAAGUGGUGAAGAAAGUAGUGAAGACGAUGACGACGACUACACUAGUGCGGGAGAAAGUACUGGGACAGGCCGGAUAUCAUGCGCUGCUAGCGACUUCGGAGAUGAAACGACAGCCGGAGAUUUCACCCUAGGGACAACAGUCCUCGAUCACGAUAUCGAUGGCGAUGAGUCUGAGGCAGAUGAAACUGAGGCAGACGAUACCGACGCCAAGAGCACCUCGGCUUGGUCUGACUUCACGGAGAGCAAACACGUACCACAGGAGCAUAGACGCGAUGAGUCGGACGACAAUUCAGAGCAAUCUGAGGAUGACUCUUUCGAAGACCCUUCACAUCCACUGAUCGACAUGGAAGAGCAGCAAGAUCAGGACCUCGCUACACCGACAUCCCCUAGUGCAACAACAACACUACCAACACAUUUUGUUCCUAUUCCGCCAGAAGACUAUGACCAUGCAAUGCGACCAUACCGAGAUCCAAUUCAGGCUGCGAACAAUCGUUUGCCAUUCAUGACCCCAAUUGUGGAGCGGACAGAGUCGUCCAUGGGCUUUGCGACCGCGCACGCCCAAAAGGAUUACUUUGCAGCUAAGACACCAUCGCGCUCACAAGGUACGCCUGUCAUACUUGAGGAUGACGGUGAGCCUUGCAUUAGCCCUUUCUCAGAUCUUCUCGUACAAGUUAUUGAUGGUCCUGGGAAAGUCGCGAAGCUUGCUUUAAGAGAAUCAAAGCCCAUAUCCAAAGAAGCUACUGAAGAACCAAAGCGAAAGCCGUUAGCCGCAAAAGAGCCUCCAGCACAAAUCACAAAACUCAAUGGUCCAAUUAUCAAGGAUGCCCAGUGCAACCCAGUGGACGAGAGCAUUCGUAGAACUAUCCUACAAGAGAUCCAACCCCCGCUCGAAUCUUAUGACGGCUAUUUUGCGGAUAUUGAGGAAAGCUACAGCAAAGGUGCUGACAUACGCAAGUAUACCAAAGCGGUGUCAAAGAUGAGCAAGAAUGCGAACGACAAGACUGCGACGAACCUAGCAUUGGCGCCAACUCUGAAAUUUAGUGGAACGGACCGAACAUAUGCUGUUAAACGCGAACUCGGCAAGGGAGCUUUCGCGCCAGUAUAUCUUGUGGAGAGCAAGGCCCCAGAGGACGACGACGAGAAUGAGAAGCCGGUACAAAUGGGCAAGGGUGACUUCGGCCUAAAGCGUCAAGCUCUCGAAGCGAUCAAAAUGGAGGAUCCUCCAACUCCUUGGGAAUUCUACAUGAUGCGACAGGCCAAACGAAGGCUCGGUGUGUCUCGAGCAGCGGAAUCAAUCAUCCAUGCGUACGAGAUGCACGUGUUCAAAGACGAGUGCUACCUAGUAGAAGAGUUCCGGGACCAAGGCACACUGCUCGACUUGGUGAAUCUUGCUCGUGCAGAGAAUGGUGUUAUGGAUGAGCAACUUGCCAUGUUCUUUACGAUCGAGCUCUUUCGCACAGUUGAGGCGCUGCAUUCCAAGGGCGUGAUACACGGUGAUCUCAAGUCAGAUAAUAUCCUCGUCCGCUUCGAGGCACUGCAAAAGGAUGAACACUGGGACUCACAAUACAAGCCUGAUGGCCGUGACGGGUGGGCCUCCAAGGGUAUAUCGCUCAUAGACUUCGGCCGUGGCAUAGACAUGAAGGUAUUCAACCCUUCCGUACAGUUCAUUGCCGACUGGCCCACCACCGAAGCCGACUGCGCCGAGAUGCGCGAACUCCGCCCCUGGACUUAUCAGAUCGACUAUCACGGUCUUGCAGGCAUCGUACACAAUCUCCUCUUCGGUAAAUACAUAUCCACUGUUGCUGAAAGAGGUGCCACGCUCGGUGCCGGCGCCACGAAGACGUACAAAAUCAAAGAAAGCUUGAAGAGAUAUUGGCAAACGGAGAUAUGGAGCGAGUGCUUGGAUCUGUUGUUGAAUCCGCUGAUGCAUCUUGAGGCUGAGGAGGGGAGUAAAUUGCCGGUGCUGAAGGGGAUGAGGGAAGUCAGGGAGAAGAUGGAGGGGUGGUUGGAGGGUAGUUGUGAGAAAGGUGUGGGGUUGAAGGCGCUGGUUAGAAAGAUGGAGGAAGCUGUGAAGAGGAGGUGAUCGUUGUCACUGUAAGUAGUGGUAUUAGCAUUGGAUGGCGUAGAUCUGGGAGCUUGGGUCUCAUUGCUGGAGUUUGAGGCCUGUUUGGUAAUGACCGCGGUAAUCCCCAAGCCGUUUUAUGAAUAAUGACAAGUUAUCUUCCA